GGACUUCAGUUAGCUUGGGAACUUGGCUACCGUCGGGUCAAAGUUCAGCUAGACUCCAGGUGCGCAGUGCAGAUUCUCCAGCGUCGGCAUGGCGACGACGAUAGGCACUCAGCAGUCACCCAAUGUUUCCUUGCGUUGUUAGAGAGAGAUUGGGAAGUGUCACUCUCACAUGUUUAUAGGGAAGGUAAUAAAUGUGCGAAUUACAUUGCAAGUCGAGGUCACAUGUCGCCUCUGGGGUUUCAGUCUUUUCCAGUUUCUGAUCUCACUCUUGUAUCUUGGAUUAUGUAUGACUUACAAGGGCCUUCCGACCCACGUCUGGUUUUGAUUGAAAGCUGA